AUGGGCGAGAAAAUGAAAGCUGUACAUUACGAGGGACCGUUCAAGGUGAGCGUGCGGGAGGUCGAGACACCGCGGAUCCAGCAUCCGGAUGAUGCGAUUAUAAAAGUUACAACUGCGGCGAUAUGCGGCUCAGAUUUGCACAUGUACCAAGGACGAACGGCCGCGGAAGCAGGUUUGGUAUUUGGGCACGAGAACAUGGGCGUUAUCAUUGAGACGGGGCCUGGUGUUACGAUUCUCGAGAAAGGUGAUCGCGUGGUGCUGCCAUUCAAUGUGGCGGACGGGAGGUGUAGGAAUUGCGAGGAAGGGCGGACUGCUUUUUGCACGGGUGUGAACCCAGGAUUUGCGGGCGGCGCGUACGGAUAUGUGGCCAUGGGCCCGUACCAGGGAGGCCAGGCACAGUAUCUGCGUGUUCCGUUUGCUGACUUCAAUGCGUUGAAAUUGCCGAAGGGGACCGAACACGAAGCGGAUUUCGCGCUGUUGGCAGAUAUCUUUCCCACGGGGUGGCACGGCCUCAACCUCUCUGGCUUCCAGUCGGGUGAAACCGUCGCAGUGUUCGGCGCAGGUCCUGUCGGAUUGAUGGCGGCGUACAGUGGCAUCCUUCGAGGCGCUAGCAAAGUGUUCGUUGUGGACACCGUCCCGGAACGAUUGAAGCAGGCUGAGAAGAUCGGCUGCGUCCCUAUUGACUUCAAGAAGAGCGACCCCGUGGAGCAGAUCAUCAAGGCCAACGGCGGAAUGGUAGACCGCGCUGUAGACGCAGUCGGCUACCAAGCGGUCGACGCCUCUGGAAGCAAAGAGAAGCCGAACAUUGUGUUGGAUCAAUUGAUCAUGGUAACGAGACCGACGGGAGGACUUGGCAUUCCUGGACUCUACGUGCCCGCAGAUCCUGGAGCACCCGACGAGCAGAGCAAGAAGGGACAGAUCUUGAUAUCGUUUGGAAAGCUUUUCGAGAAGGAAACGUACAACCGGUAUCUGAGAGACCUUAUAGUAUCAGGAAAGGCCAAGCCAAGUUUCGUUGUUUCGCAUGAGAUCGACAUCGAUGAUGCGUCGGUCGCGUAUGAGAAGUUCGACAAGCGGAUAGAAGGAUACACGAAGGUACUCAUACAUCCGAACGGCCCGUUGGACAAAUUCACUGCUAGCUAG